AGCUACUCCACAUAUAAACAUAUAAAUAAACAGAGCUAAUUAAGCUAGCUCCCUCCUGAUUAUAUAUAUUGAUGGAUGGCAAGAGAAGAGACGAGAUAGAUAGCUAGAUGUAGCUUAAUUAGCUAGCUAGCCGCUCAAGUCAUAUAUAUAUAUAUAUAUGCUAGCUAGAGGGAAGACGAAGGAGUUAGCUAGCUAGGAGAGGGCGAGAGAUGAGCAGCAGCUAGAAGCAGCUGAUCUAUCUAUCUAUCUAUCUAUCUAUCUAUCUAUCUAUCUAUGUAGAGCUCACUCAUGUAUGCAUAUAUACUUGGAUCUCCUCUCCUCUCCGGUCAUCUCAUAUAUACGUAUCUAUAUCGAUAUAGAUCGCCUGCCGGUUUAUAGUUAGAUAUGCAUGUAUCGAUCGGGAUACUAUUACUAAUAUAUAGUUAGUUAAACCAAAUUAAGAUCGAUCAAAUACAAUAUAUCGAUCGAUCAUGAGGGGAAGUAGCAAUAAUCACAAGUCGAAGUCGGAGGAGGAAGGCGUGGCCUUGGUGCAGGUAGCGGAAGAGGGCGAGACGACGACGAAGCAGCAGCAGCAGCCGGACUCAAAUAAGGCGGCGGCGGAGGAGGAGGAGGAGGAGGCCGGCUACGGCUACAGCAAUUGGUGGUCAACGUGGGUGUCGUCGGCGGUGAAGAAGCGAGUGCGGGCGCCGGGUCGCGUGGGUAUCGUCGUCGUCGUCGGCGGAUUCGUCCUGCUGGCCUUGCUCGCCGCCGUCGCCGCCACCACCACCACCACCUGGCCGCAACUCGUCGAUUUCACCGGCGCCGUUUCGUCGUUCCUGCAGUUUGGCAAUGGUGACGGUGCACGGCGCCACAGGCCUCACCGCACUAGUCUCGUUUCCAUUCCAAUUCCAUUCACCUGCGGCAGCGGCAAUGACACGGGCACAUGCCCCCGCUAUGCGGCGUCAGCUCCGGCGCCGGCGCCUGCAUCGAUGUCGCCGCCGCCACCACAGACGUCGACGGUGGAUUACUGUCCGUCCUACUUCCGGCACAUAGAGCUGGACCUGGCGGCGUGGUUGGCGUCAGGCAUCAGUCGGGAGGCGGUGGAGCGGGGGCGGCGGCAGGCGCACUUCCGGCUGCUGGUGGUGGGGGGCCGCGCCUACGUGGAGACGUACCGGCGUGCGUUCCAGACGCGCGACGUGUUCACGCAGUGGGGCAUCCUCCAGCUGCUCCGCCGCUACCCGGGGCGCGUCCCCGACCUGGACCUCAUGUUCAACUGCGACGACAUGCCCGAGGUGCGCGCCGCCGCCUACCCCGACCGGGCCGCCGCGCCGCCCCUCUUCCGCUACUGCAAGGACCCCUCCACCCUGGACGUGCUCUUCCCGGACUGGUCCUUCUGGGGAUGGCCGGAGGUGAACAUCCGGCCAUGGGCGCCGCUGCUCGCGGAGAUGGCGGAGGAGAAGGCGCGGCUGCCGUGGAGCCGAAGGGAGCCCUACGCCUACUGGAAGGGCAACCCGGACGUGUCGCCGCUGCGGCAGGAGCUCCUCCGCUGCAACCACUCCCUCCCCCCCGACGACACGGUCAGGUUGUACCGCCAGGACUGGGGCUUCGCCAACCGCAACGCCUUCCGCGACUCCAACCUGGCCCGCCAGUGUCGCCACCGCUACAAGCUGUACGUGCAGGGCCGCUCCUGGUCCGUCAGCCGCAAGUACAUCCUCGCCUGCGACUCGCCCGUCCUCGCCGUCGCCACGCCCUACCAGGACUUCUUCUCCCGAGGCCUCGCCGCCGGCAAGCACUACUGGCCCAUCGACCCCUCCCGCUCCAAGCUGUGCCGCGACAUCCGCUUCGCCGUGCGAUGGGGCAACGCCCACCCGGCGCAGGCGCAGCGCAUGGGCCUCGCCGGCAGCGCCUUCGCCACGGACGACAUGGCCAUGGACUACGUCUACGACUACAUGCUGCACGUGCUCACGCGCUACGCCUCGCUGCUCCGCUACAAGCCCACCGUGCCGGACCGCGCCGUGGAGCUGUGCCCGGAGUCCAUGGCGUGCCCCCGCCGAGGCCGCGACCGCGACUUCAUGAUGCAGUCCAGGGAGCAGUACGUGGCCGACUACCAGCCCUGCACCAUUCCACCGCCGCCGCUCACCGCCGAUGACGCCACCAACAUGGCCCACAGGGAUGCCGAGGUGCUCAGCAACAUCGACAAGAUGAUCAUAACGGAGGACAAGCACAAUUAACCAAUAAUAACAUAUUUCUUAAUUAUGUGCUUGCUGCUGUAAUUGUUUCCUUCAUUUCAUAAAUAAAUAUGAUAUAUUACCACGUGCUGUUACUGUACUAGUGUUGAUUUAGCAUGACAAAUUGAAUAUCCAUUCUCAGUUAUUGUAUCAUGUAGGCGCGCACACUUAAUUAAACAGAGGAGAACAAAUUAAAGCGGAGUACAAUAGCUAGCUAGUUUGCCAAUAAAGCAGAGUACGAGAUCUGGCUAGCUCCUUUGCACAUUCGCAACUAUAUUUUUUAUUUUUCUUACAGCUUGUACAAAUUAAAUUUAAACUUGUAUAUUUGUGAAGUGAUAUAUUUCAUAUUAAUCUA